CAUAAUCGUGGACUUCCAAAUACUCAGACCUUCUGAGUUUUGAAGUUUCCAUUGAUAGAAGGGAUUCGUAAAGACACAUCUUUUUCUAUAAUAAAUGGGCGUGUAAUGGGAUUGUAGCUCUCUUUCUUCUUCCCCCAACUUCUCAAAUGGGCCGUCUUCAUUCGAUUGGAACGUGAAGCUUGGUGGGAAAAAUUUUUUCGAUGGUUUGAUUUUUGAUUUUCGACUUUUGAUUUAAAGGGGUUCUUGUUUAGGGCCAGAAAAUGGUGAAAAAAUCUCAGGCUGGCAAAAUUGGGGCGAAUGGGGACUUGAGCACGGAAGUAGCACAUGAAAGCACAGUGACUGCCUCUGAAAAACCAGAAGGUAGCAAUCCACCCUUGAAGAAGGUACAAUCACCAUUAGCUAGUAGAAGCUCUUCCAAAUGGAAAGUGAAUAAGUUUUCUGUCCGUCGAUCUGAACGUAUUCAAAAUUCAACACCUCGACGCCUCAACAUACAACAGAACGUCGUUGAAGAGAUAACUCUUAGUGAUGGAGAAGAUGAGUUGCCUAUUGACAAGGAGAAAAGUUUGCCACCUCUUGACCAAGAAAAUGGCUGGCCUGAGUACAUGUUUGAGGACAAAAACUUGGAAGGGAAAAUAGACUACAUUGUGAAACUACUCGAAGCACAUGGCCAUUCCUUAAACUCAAUAAAGGCUGAGGUUAUUAAGAAAUCCUCCUCGAUGGAAACAGUACCGACACCUGAUAUGAAGUAUAAGAGCAUGUAUAUAGCAUCCCAGAAGAAGAUUGAAGAACUAGCUGAAGAAAUCCAAGAACUAACUCAAAAAUUGGAAUCCACUCGAGACCAAUUUGAAGCAUACAAAAUGGGGGCUCGCGAUGUUAAUGAAGCAUUGGAGAAGAUGAAGGACGUCAUCCUGAUCUCGAACAGUUCGAGAGUUUCCGAAGGAAUUCAAGCUACGUCUCAAGCAGGGCUCGACAAGGUUACAUCUCCCGAUACGGGCGAUGUUCCUCCUUCAAGCAAGAGAAAGAAGGCGACCAAACAAAAUUGAACUUGAAGAUUGGUUUCCUCUUGAUGGUCAUCACUCUUUUCUUGCUUUACACUUUAGUUAAUACUUAGUUUUGUCAACUUAAAGUUUAUAUGUAGCUUUUUUGUUUUUGUUAGAAGACCACAACUAUACAAUGCCUCUUUCAUUGGCCAUGAAAAGUAUUAGAAAGACAUUAUAUCUGAAAAUGGGAAAAGUUUGUCAAAUAUAUUAGUUCUGAUAA